AUGAGCGGCUCCAAUUGUGUGGUGUACGUCGGUCGUCUGUCCUCCCGAACGAGGGAGCGCGAUCUUGAAGAUGCUUUUAGCAAGUACGGUCGCAUCAUCCGUCUGGACAUGAAGGCCGGCUACGCUUUCAUCGAAUACAACGAUUCUCGCGAUGCCGAUGAUGCUGUUCGCGGAAUGGACGGCAACGAUCUCGAUGGUGCCCGCAUUUCCGUCGAACCCUCGCAUCGCGGUGAGGGUCGCUGCUUCUCCUGCGGCAAGGAAGGCCACUGGGCUAGGGACUGUCGUGAGGGUCCUCGCGGUGGUAGCAGGAUGGACCCCAGGGACAGGCGCGGCGCGGGUCCUGCCCGCGCCUGCUACAGCUGCGGCGAGCAGGAGCAGCAGCCGUCGUGGAAGGAGCCGCAGCAGGAGCCGUUCUCGUUCGCGCUCCCGAUCUCGCUCGCGUUCGCCCCGAUCGAGGGACAGGUCUCGCUCCAGGGACAGGCGCAGGGACAGCCGUUCCCCUUCUCGCUCCAGGUCGCCCAGGCGUUCGAGGUCUAG